AUCCGAUGUUCAAUCAGUUCGGCUCCACGGCGGAGACUCUGAGCAAGGCCUCAGCAGCGGUUCUCCGGAUCGGCACCGACGCUCACCUCUACGACGAUCCGGAAGACGUCAACAUCGCUCCACUUCUCGAUAGCAAGUUCGAAUCGGAGAAAUGCGAAGCUCUCAAGCGUCUCCUUGCUCUCAUCGCCCAAGGCUUCGACGUCUCCAACUUCUUCCCUCAGGUAGUGAAGAAUGUUGCGUCACAUUCAUCGGAAGUUAAGAAGCUUGUUUACUUGUAUUUGCUACACUAUGCAGAAAAGCGUCCUAAUGAAGCAUUGCUAUCGAUUAACUACUUCCAGAAGGAUUUGGGAGAUCCAAACCCGUUGGUUAGAGCUUGGGCGCUUCGUACAAUGGCUGGGAUUCGUUUACACGUAAUUGCUCCUCUGGCACUUGCAGCUGUGAGUAAAUGCGCGAGAGAUCCAGCUGUUUAUGUUAGAAAAUGUGCUGCUAAUGCUCUUCCAAAGUUGAAUGAUUUGCGCCUCGAAGAACACGCUUCUGCAAUUGAAGAGAUAGUGGGGAUAUUGUUAAAUGAUCAUUCUCCGGGUGUAGUUGGAGCUGCGGCAGCAGCAUUCACUUCCAUCUGUCCGAAUAAUUUUAAAUUGAUAGGGAAGAAUUAUAAGAAGCUGUGUCAGAUUCUUCCUGACGUUGAGGAGUGGGGUCAGAUACUACUCAUAGGAACUCUUUUGCGCUACGUUGUUGCAAGGCAUGGACUUGUAAGGGAAUCGUUGAUGCUGUCUUUACAUGGUUUGGAUAGUAACGGCUUCUAUGAGAAGGAUGGUGUAGUCAGAGAUGAAAGAGAUGGUGAUAAGAGGGAUUUGUUUGAUGCUAAUCUUGUCAGUCUUGUAUCUAAAUGUUACAUUGAAGGACCAGACGAGUACAUGUCACGAGAUAAUUACGGCGAAACGGUGGCAGCUUCGUUUGAUAGCAAAGAGACGACAUCUGUUGGAGAUAAUGAAGAUGUUAAGAUUCUGCUUCAGUGUACAUCCCCGUUGUUAUGGAGUAAUAACAGUGCAGUUGUACUAGCAGCAGCGGGUGUUCAGUGGAUAAUGGCGCCUCUGGAAGAUGUUAAAAAGAUUGUUAAACCACUCUUAUUUUUGCUUAGAUCAUCCACUGCCUCUAAAUAUGUGGUCCUCUGCAAUAUCCUUGUUUUUGCCAAAGCAGUCCCUUCUCUCUUUGCCCCACACUUCGAAGAUUUUUUUAUUUGCUCAUCAGAUGCAUAUCAAGUAAAAGCACAUAAGCUGGAGAUGCUCUCUCUCAUUGCUACCACUUCAUCUAUCUCUUCGAUUUUGAGAGAGUUUGAGGAUUACAUCAAAGAUCCAGACAGGAGUUUUGCAGCUGAUACAGUUGCAGCAAUUGGUUUGUGUGCAAAAAGACUGCCAGAAAUUCCAACUGCAUGCCUUAAUGGAUUGCUGGCACUAGUUAGACAAGAAUCUUUUGCUGGCGAUCUCGAAUCAGUGGAUGGAGAAGCUGGGGUGUUGGUGCAAGCUGUGAUGUCAAUUCAGACUAUCAUAGAGCGAGAUCCCCUUAGUCAUGAGAAAGUGAUAAUUCAACUGUUUCGUAGUCUGGAUUCAGUCAAGGUAGCUGCUGCUCGUGCAACUAUUAUUUGGAUGGUAGGUGUCUACUGCUCUUUGGGUCAUAUCAUUCCAAGGAUGCUGACCACAAUAACCAAGUACCUUGCAUGGAGCUUUAAAUCAGAGGCAUCAGAGACGAAACUACAGAUUCUUAAUACUGCUGCUAAGGUUCUAAUAAGUGCUGAGGUCGAAGAAUUUCAGAUGUUGAAAAAGAUUGUGCUCUACGUGCUUGAAUUAGGAGAAUGUGACUUAAACUAUGAUGUUCGUGAUCGAACUCGUUUCCUCAAGAAAAUGCUAUCGUACAAAUUAGCUUGUCAUGAGCCAGCGGAAGACAGUGUGGCAUCACAUGGAAAUAUUGCUGAGCAUGUUGUGGAACAUGUCUUCGGAAGAAAGCUGAAGCCUUUUUCACCUUUAGCCCUGCACAACCGUUUCUAUCUUCCUGGAUCUCUGUCACAGAUAGUUCUACAUGCGGCUCCUGGAUAUGAAGCUCUUCCAAAGCCCUGUAGUUUUGUCUUUGAAGAACAUGAUCACCUGUCAGAUUCUGCUAGACAAAGAGAGGCCAGAGAUGAUUUAAAUGGUUCUCAGGAAUCUUCUGAAACAGGGGAUGAAGAUGGCUCUUCUGAAUAUGAUUCUGAAUCAUAUAACGGUUCAGAUUUCAGCUGUGCUGGUGAUGAAAGAAAUGAUGCCAACGAUGCAAAUGAUCCUUUAAUUCAAAUCUCAGAGGUUGCUGUUUCUACUGACCAGGAAGAACUAAGGUCAAAAAUGGCUCUGGAUCUGUGGUUAGACGAGGAGUCUAGCUCAUCAAAUCAAACUCCAUCUGCACUAGAUAGGAAUCAGAGCUCUUAUGCCAAAAUAUCCGUUGGUGAUAUAGGAAGCAGAGUAAAUCCUAAAAGCUAUACUCUCUUAGACCCUGGAAAUGGCAAUGGCUUGAAGAUAGACUAUACCUUCUUAUCUGAAGUCUCCACUGCAUCUCCAUUACACGUUUGUGUAGAAGUUCUCUUUCAGAACAGUUCUACAGAACCUAUCCUUGAGGUCAACUUGGAGUAUGAAGAAGCGAAGAAAGAAUCAGACUCUGCUGAACAAACUUUGGUGGGCAAAGCAAAUGCAUCUUACAACAAUGUGCCAACACUAAUCCGAAUGGAGGAACUCAACUGCCUUGAACCAGGUCAGAGCGCAAAGAGGCUUAUCCAGGUUAGGUUUCAUCACCACCUACUUCCCAUGAGGUUAAGCUUACACUACAAUGGCAAGAAGGUUCCUGUUAAGUUACGUCCUGAUCUCGGUUACCUUGUGAAACCGUUUCCAAUAACCAUUGAGGAGUUCUUAGCCACAGAAUCUCGGUUACCUGGAAUGUUCGAGUAUAGUCGAAGGUGUACUUUCACAGAUCAUGUCAAAGACACAAGAAUGGAGAAUGGGAAAGACAAGUUUCUGAGCAUCUGCGAGUCUAUAACGCUGAAAGUGCUUAGCAAUUCAAACCUACACCUUGUGUCUGUGGAUUUGCCAGUUGCAAACACACUUGAAGAUGCAACUGGUCUGCGUUUGAGAUUCAGCAGCAAAAUCUUGAGCAGUGAGAUACCUCUUUUGAUUACCAUCACAGUCCAAGGUAAAUGCAGUGAAGAUCUGAACUUAACAGUUAAGAUCAAUUGCGAAGAAACGGUUUUCGGUUUAAACCUGUUGAACAGGAUUGCUAAUUUCUUGGUUGAGACGUCUUCUUCAGCCAGCUCAUGAGCAAAAAUCGAGUUUUACUUCUUUUUUGUUAUAUACUUACUAUAUAUGUCACCACCAUGUGAUGAAUGUGUAUUACGUUACCUGACGCUUUUCCAUCGUUUUAAAUUUUUGAUACGUCUGUAAAAUUCAUAUAUUGUUUUUGAAUUCAGCCAAGUGCAUAAGCAAAGUUUAUUGUUUAUGAUGCUUACGUAGAAUGUAUCAUGGUCCAUUACUG